AUGAAGGCAGUUUCAACUCUUAUCAGCAUUUACCAGGAGCAGGCCUUAAAGGACUAUAUCUACACCCGCUAUCAUCCUAUGGAGGAGAUAUAUAAAUGGAUGGUUGAUGUGAAAAAUCAUUACCAGGAUGUAGUGUCUCAGCAUUUCCUGGGGACAACUUACGAGAAACGACCUAUUUACUUCUUCAAGAUUGGUGAAAAAUCUGGCAAGACCAAGAAGGUGAUCUGGAUGGAUUGUGGGAUCCACGCCAGGGAAUGGAUUUCUCCUGCCUUUUGCCAGUGGUUUGUGAAAGAGAUACUACAAAACUACAAAACAGAUGCAAAGAUAAGCCGUUUUCUCCAAAAUAUGGAUUUUUAUGUUGUUCCUGUGCUCAACAUUGAUGGAUUCAUUUACACAUGGACAACUGAUCGGCUUUGGAGAAAGUCAAGGUCCCCUUCACCCUUUUCUAAUUGCACAAGUGUUGGGACAGACCUCAACAGGAAUUUUGAUUCAUCAUGGUGUGGUAUUGGUGGUUCUAGAAACUGUAGUUCACAGACAUUCUGUGGAUCAGCACCAGGCUCUGAAAGUGAGUCUAAAGCAGUGAUGGAAUUGGUGAACAACAAAAAGAAUGAUAUCCUUUGUUUCCUCACCAUUCACUCAUAUGGGCAGCUGAUUAUGACACCCUUUGGUGAACCAGGCAAGACAGCCAGCAACCAUGACGAAUUGAUGGAAGUUGGACAACUUGCCUCCAGAGCUGUGGAGCAGAAGCAUGGCAUUUCAUAUAAAGUGGGGCCACCCUCUGUGGUAUUAUAUAAUUACACUGGAUCUUCUCAUGAUUGGGCUCGGGAUAUUGGAAUUGAAUUUUCCUAUACGUUUGAGCUGAGAGACAAUGGCACCUUUGGAUUCAAACUGCCUGAGGAUCAGAUCCAGCCCACGUGUGAGGAGGCCAUGGCUGGUGUGACAACAAUCAUAGAAUACGUCCACAACAAGCACUUUGGCAGUGCAGCUGCAGCCACCGCUGCUCUGUGGUCAUUAGUACUGGUGUCGUAUUUGUUCCUGUUAGUGCAAUAGUCAUGUGCUGAACGUUAAACAGGCCAUUACUGUAAU